AUGCUUCUGGAUCACUUCCCAGAAAAAUAUGUGCCUCCACAUCACAGACCAACAGCCUUGAUAAAAUAUUACAGGGACUGUCAGCAGGCAGAGACAAAAUAUUUAUCUAGAUGGAAACGGUGGAAAAGAGCUAGCAGUAAAUCAUUGAGAAGAGUCUUCAGUGAAAUCAAGGAGUUGUCAUCUUACCUGAAGCUUUGGCGACAUGAUAUUCACAGCAUAGAGGGGAAAUUUGGUACUGGCAUCCAGUCCUACUUCUUCUUCCUGCGUUUUCUGGUCCUGCUGAAUUUUAUAAUUUUUCUGCUGAUGUUCAGUUUUGUUACCCUUCCCAGCAUCAUUUCUAAAUAUGAAGUAUUCAACAGUAGCAUUGCUAAAAUUCCUCCAAAGAACAUAGAGCCUCACUGUACAGUCUAUGAACCUAGUGGCAAUAAGGGACUUGUUUACUUCUAUACUUACCUCAAAGAUUUGCUCAGUGGCACUGGGUUCCUUGAAGUGACAAGUUUGUUUUAUGGCUAUUACACAAUAGAUGCUGCACAGAUCAGUAUCAUGAGGUACAAUUUGCCACUGGCUUAUCUGCUGGCUACGUUUGCCUACCUUGCAUUAAGUUUUCUCUGGAUAAUAAAAAGGUCUGUGUCAGGGUUUAAGCAGAACUUGGUGCAUGAUGAAGACCAAUUUCAGAGUUACUGUAACAAAGUCUUUGCAGGCUGGGAUUUCUGCAUUACAGAUCCAAAUGCAGCACAGCUGAAACAUCACAGCUUGCAGUAUGAACUCCAAACAGACUUGGAGGAGGAAAGGCUGAAGCGAAAAAUAGCUGAGAGGACAACGAGAGAGAAGCUGCGCAUUUACUCUCUGAGAAUAUUUAUCAAUAUAAUUGUCAUUGCAGUUUUAUCAGGAUGCUCUUACUCUAUUUAUAAAGCAACUGUCUACUCUCAGGAAAACUCCAAUGAUGUCAGCAAUAUGAACUCCCAGACUAAUCUCCUAGUGCAGUAUUUGCCUUCCAUUGUGAUCACAUUGGCCAACUUAAUUGCUCCUCAGAUCUUCUCACUUCUGAUCAGAUUUGAAGAUUAUUCACCAGCCUUUGAAAUCAGGCUGGCACUUAUAAGGUGUGUCUUCUUGCGCUUGGCCAGUGUCGGCGUUCUCUUGUUCUCGCUGUGGAGUCAGAUCUCCUACUGUGACAGUGACAAGUGUAGGGCCUGUGGAUACAAUUACAAACUCUAUCCAUGUUGGGAAUCUGAUGUUGGGCAAGAAAUGUAUAAACUGGUGAUAUUUGAUUUAAUUACAGUUGUUGCUGUGACCCUUUUUGUGGACUUCCCUAGAAAGUUGUUAGUUACUUAUUGUUCUUUCAAGCCAUUUAAGUGGUGUGGAUUGCAGGAAUUUGGAAUUUCUGACAAUGUCCUAGAAAUCAUUAAUGGGCAGACUGUCUGCUGGAUUGGAACCUUCUUUUCACCACUUCUCCCUGCAAUAGCAACUAUAAAGUACUUCAUCAUCUUUUAUGUUAAAAAGAUCAGUUUGAUACACACACGUAAACCUGCAGCUAGGCCUGUCAGAGCAUCAAGUUCCAAUUUUUUCUUCUUGGUAGUGCUGUUGAUUGGGCUCAUCCUGGCUUUUUUUCCUUUGGGAAUCAGUAUAGCACAUAUUCCCUCCUCCAAGGCAUGUGGGCCAUUCAGGAAUUUUAACACUUCAUGGGCAGUGGUACCAGCUACACUACUUGAGUUUCCAACAGGUCUGCAACAGGUCCUUUAUGGCAUAGCUUCAGAAGCCUUUGCAGUGCCUUUUUUUAUGGUAAUUUGCCUCAUUAUGUUCUAUUUUAUUGCCUUGGCUGGAGCACACAAACGAGUAAUUGAGCAGCUGAGGGAACAACUGGUUAUGGAGAGCCGUGACAAGCAGUUCCUCAUCAGGAAGAUCACAGAAGCUCAGAGGCGUCCUUGA